GUUAACCACAGUACAUCACUCCUUCACUUCACAAGACUUAAUGUACUAUUUGUAAGGACAGGAAUCUCGGCGGAGCUCUGAUAAUCUCAGAAUGAUAUGACAAUACAUGGCGGAGUGUUUGUAUCUUAUUUCUCUAUAGAGCUCGAUAAACCACCUGUUUAUUUCGCGGGAGAGACUGUCAGAGGGAAGGUUUUGCUCCAUGUUAACCACCCUAUCUAUAUCAGAGGCCUUUUUAUACAAAUCAAGGGAGACUGCAACGUACACUGGACCGAGAAGUGCAACGGAUACAAGGCGGAGCCUCGCCACUACCGCAACUACCAGCAGUGUCUGGGAUGGUCCCAUUUCUUUCUUGGAAACCCCAGGACUGUGGUUAAACUAGAGCCCGGUGCCCAUGAGUUCGAGUUCAACUACACACUUCCCCGCAAGAUUCCAAGUUCUUUCGAGGGAUCUCAUGGCAAUAUCAGAUACUUCGUGAUGUCCCAGUUAGACUGGCCAGGAGGUAAUCACUUCCAACAAACACUCCAGUGCAUAACAGUUAACUCUAUAUUCGAUCUAAAUCUUUCACCAGACACAAAGAGCUCGGAGGAGAGGAAGACUGAGCAUCAUCAGGUACUUUUUGUGGCUGGCUAUCCCUUGGUUACCAAUAUUAAAGAGGUGCUGCUUAGAAGGUCCCUGAAAACCACCUUAAAUGUCCCCAGAAAAGGAUUUGUUCCCGGCCAGACUGUUACUGCUUUUGCGAGUGUGGAUAACAAGACAAUGCAUUCUGUCAUAUCCUCGAAGACAGAGUUGGUGGAGGUCUGUAAAUACCAAGCUUGUGACCAGGAGCAGACAACGAAGCGGGUGGUAGCUAAGUGCAAGAGAGGGCCUAUACCACGCGGUACCAAGGACACCUGGCACGUGAUGCUAGAUAUCCCUCCCAUACCCCCUUCUGGGCUGGUAUACUGUCAUAUCAUACACCUUGAGUACUAUAUCAAACUAACGGUGGAAACAGUGAGACUCCCCAAACAGAAACUACAGAUCCCCCUAAUAAUCGGCACUAUCCCGCUCAAAGAAGACGCUGAUCAGUUCGAAGAUGAACUGGACACAAUCGCGGAGUCCCUCCAAGAGGCAUUCGGCAGGAAGGCUCCCUCAAUGCAGUUCGCAGAAAGCGUGUGGGGCAAGACAGAGCUUAACACUAACCAGCGCCGUGUCAGCCAAGCAGGAAACUCGUUCACUCCUAACUACGUACUCUACAAGCGAACCUCCACGUUCGGUGGACACGCAACCAGCAAAACCAUCAACCGAGUCAGCUCCACUUCUAACAAUAAAAACUAUUCCAAAUCAAACGGUUCAAGCAGUUUGGACAGUAUCCUAGACGAGGACAGCUCCCCACCGUCCCCCACCACUCACAUUCCCACCAUACCUGAGUAUACAGCUAACUCUAACUCAAGGAGAAACAGCAGAUUGUGCUCCAGAUGAAGGUAAUUUCACCAGGUGACCGCGCUGGUUCUCUUAAAGAGUAAGAGCAAGUAAUCAUGGUAUUGGCAACGAUAGCCGAGUAACUACAAGGUAUCUCAGAGACAAUCGUAGGAGCUUAGUUUAAAGCAGUGAACUGAUGUGAUAUAUAUAAAGCUUAUUUAAUAAAUUAUUUAACUUAAUUACGGUAUAUUCAUCUGUUACACUUACACGAUGCUGACCAUUUGCUCCAAGAAAGGGCACGACAUUUUUUAGAUUUGUUUUCACUGAAAGACAGCCUGUAAAAUGAAAUAUUUUCGAGUUGGUAUGGCCGUGCAUGUGAAGAUCUUGUAACCAGUUAUUUUUCUAUACAGUAUAAUUUUAUCACCGUAAAAUUGAUUUAUUUAU